AUGGUAUUUUAUAUCAAGAAAGCCUCAAGCUCAAAACUGAAGAAAAAAGCAACUAAAACGCAAGAAGCCAAAAAAAUCUUGAAGAAGAAAUUCAAAGUCAACACCAAAAUAGUCUUUACUGAAGAUGGAGAGUUGGUGCAGCAGUGGCCUCCUGUGCAGAAAUCCAGUUUGGCGAACGCAGAUGAGGAAGAUGAGGCCAAUGGGAUCAACUUAGAUAAAGUGAAAGAAAUCCUGCGAGAAGAAGACAAGUUUGACAAAGAAGAAUACAGGAAGAAAAUUAAAGAAAAGCAUAGGGAGAAAAGACUGAAGGAAAAAGCAGCAAGGAGAGAAGCCAGGAACAUGAACGCGGAGGGUGGAGAGGAGACCGUGGCCUACCUUGCACACAGCGGGAGUGAAGAAGAAUUUGAUCCGAGUACUCUACCAGAUCCUGACAAAUUCAAAGAUUCUGACCAAGAGCCUGAUUCAGAAAGUGAAGACAGCUACAGUGAACCCGAGGAGAGGAUUGGAGGGAAGAGAAGAAACAGCAGUAACAGAAGAGAGGCAGAAGAAACAACAGGGAAAAGAAAGAAGGCCAAACUGAGCGACGAGGAAGACUCCUUUAUGCCAUUAGAUACUGGGCUUUCCCUGGCCGAGGAUGAGGAGCUUGUACUACAUCUGCUCAAUAGCAAUAGCUAAUCCUUUUCCUGCAGGUUUUAGUUCCUUGGACAUCUUCACUUUUGUCAGUAUGUGCAUGAUCAAUUUGGCACCUGGCUGGAAGGGUACCAGUGGAUGCAGAAAAAUGAGCUCCAAUGAGAACGAGCUUGAAUCUGAUCAGCUCAGAGAUUACAGAUGAGGUUUAGCUGUCCUGUGAAUGUAUCAGGGAAUUUGGUUCUCAGUUACAAUGUUUUGUAAAGCAGCUUGCCCAACUCAGUCCCCAGGUGACAUUUUGCAGCAGCACAUUUAUAAUUGAAGACCUCCAGGUUUUGGAGACAUCAUCAUUUAAAAAAAUUUAAUCUUACUUUAAAUAAAAACAGGAUGCGCCUUUCUCAGCAGUGUCGGGUUUGUUAUAUUGGAAGAUAAAUGUGUACUAGAAUUAUCAAAGAAGACAUACUGUUGGCAGCUCAAAUCAUACUACUUAAAAAUAAAAUGCAUUUUUUUCUUC